UACAGAAUAAGGCUAGCCUGGAGGGGAGUGAAGAAGAAGGGCAUUGAAAAUGGAGGGUGUGUUCAAAUUUUACUUGGUAUUCGUUUUUGCUACACUACUACUGAUGAACAAAGAAGCCAUGGCGGCCACACAACACGUAGUUGGUGGAAGCCAAGGUUGGGAUCAGUCUACGGACUUCACCACGUGGGCCUCUGGUCAGACAUUCAAGCCCGGCGAUCAACUUGUGUUCAAGUACACCGCCUUGCACAGCGUUGUUGAGCUUCCUAAUGAGAGCGCAUACAAGAACUGUAACAUGGGCAAUGCACUGAAUUCCUUGAACGGCGGCAACAAUGUGGUUAAAAUAGAUAAGCCCGGGACACGUUACUUUACUUGCGGAACAUUGGGCCACUGUGCCCAAGGAAUGAAGGUGAAGAUUACAACAGUCUCCGCAGAUGCAUCAUCCUCGACUCCUGGAUCAUCUUCAUCUUCAUCGACUACACCUACGCCUACUUCUACUUCAAUCUCCAUGGCUUCUUCGUUUAGUCAUUUCGCGUCGAUUUUGAUGGUUGCAUUGCCAGUCUUCCAUGUGAUUUUCAUCAUGUUAUAAGUGUAUGAACGGUUGGGGUAAUUUUACAAGCAUAGUUUUGCUUCAAUGAUUUGUAUACAAGUUAAUUAUAGUGUGCGUCGGCUUUGUGUUUGUAUGUGCAAAAUAUUCGUUAUUUGUUAUGAUGGAGAGAAGAGAGCCAGCGAUGUUACAAUUUCUCUAGGGCGUGUUCAAUGCUGGUAAGGUUGUGUAUAAUUUGAUCACUAUAUUUUGGUAUGUAUAAUUUUACUCAAUAAAUGCUGCAUUUUGG